AUGAGCCCUGCACCCUACAAAGAUCUCAACAAGGACACUGUUCACACUCAUCCUCCAGUUCGUGAGUCGGAGCGCAGAGAAGAGCACGGAUGGGGCACUUUAAAGCAAGAACCCCUUAUGGAAGACCAGGCUGAACAUGAUGCAGAGGCUGACAUGUCGAAAGACCUGAAGGAAGUCAAGCAAGAGGCCAGUCGCCCUCCUCCAUCUAAGUAA